AUGUUUGCAACAAUUGAAAGACUAAUAUGUGAGGCUAAUUCAUAUCAGGAUUUAGGCUAAACAGCAAACAAGCUCAAUUAAGAUAACAAUUUGAAUUUGAUCUCUCAAUCAAUCAUUUAGAUGCUGCUUGGCUAGCAUGAGGUAAUGAUUCGACAAGGUACUCACGAAAAUGAAAUAUUCCAGCGACUCCACAAGUACAAGAAUCAUAUCAAACUCUUACUCAAUAUUUUGACUGAAGACAUCUAUCAGAAUUUAAGUUCUUUUAUCUUGACUAGUCAGCAAAGUGUAAGAACUAUUGAAGAUCAAUAGAUAUAUGGGUAGUAUUUAAUUCACACUACCGAUUCUCAGUCCAUCGCAAGUAGCCCAUCUUUUAGCUAAAACACACAAUCUCAUAAAUUUGGAUCAAUCAAACAGUCAAAUACUCCUACAUCUUAAUAUCAGAAUCAGAAUGAUUAAUUGCCAGGACAUCCUAGCUUAGUUGAUAGAAGAAAGACAAUAGACGUUCUUAGGCAUUUCAACUAAACCAAUGAAUCACCUCAUAGAAGCUAGGAGAAUAUUACGACACAACAAAACAUCAUGGCUAAUUACAAAUUACAAGUUUUUUGCAAUAGAACAAAUACUAUUGAAUAUCCAAUGCAAUCAAACCUUGAUAUGAAUCAAAUCUAGGGAAUCUAAUUUACUCAAGAAAGCUCACAAGAUAGAUAUAAGCGGUCCUUCUAAUCAAAUCAAAAGGGUAUUCCUAUUUCAAGCAGUGUUAAUUCUCAUUCAAGAUCUACAUCCUAAAAUGAUUUUACACAGUAAAUGCAAGGAGGAUCUUUUAUUGCAAAGAAUUAAAAGAGACAGUCAUUUGUCAAUAGUAAUACUAAUAAUAAUAAUACGAGAAAUCCAUAACCACCACUCGCAAUGAAAGGAAAUAAUGGAAACAAGCAAAUUAGCAAUAAAAGUCAGAUUAUUAAUCAUCAUGAGUCAUCAACUUAGGGUGAAUCCAGCACCAAAUAGUCUAUGAUCAGAUAAGAACUUGAGAGAUUAAAAGGUAGUUAAAAGACAGAGUAUUUAAACAAUCUCGUAUAUUCUAGUUUCUAAAACCCCAAAGGACCUGGAUCUUUCAAAAGAGAAUAAAGAUUUAACCAUUAAGCUGGAAGAAUUCCUACUAUUAUUAAUGACAAAGAAAACUCUCCUGGGCCAGGAUUCUAUGAAGAUCAAGUACUUACGACUAAGAGAGCAAGCGUAGGCCCUGCAACGUUUUACAGAGCUAAAAAGGAAACGAUAGUAGAUGAAAAAAAGAGUUGCAGUCCAGGAGUAGGAUCUUACAAUAAAAUGGAAUCAAGCAACCCAACUGAAACAGAUUAGAGAUAGACAUAGUAAAAGCAGCCAGAGCAAGAAAAUCCUGCAACUUUCUUGAAAAUUGAGGCUAUGCUUUAAGAGAAGGGAAUAUAAUACAAACUGACCACACAUGAACCAGUACUAACUUCCAAGGCUGCAGCUGAGAUUAGAGGAGCAACCUUAGCAUCAGGAGCAAAAGCAAUGCUUCUAAAAGAUAAUUCUAAAGGAGUUGCUGAAUCAGCUCUGUUUUAUCUCGCAGUUAUGAGUGCAAGUAAAAAAUUCUCAUGGAAACACAUUAAGAAACUAUUGAAAAUCAAGAAUAUGAGGUUUGCUACUCCUGAAGAAGUUUAUGAUAGGACUGGUUGUUUACCAGGAGCAGUUCCUCCUUUUGGCAGCGUUUUCCUAACACCCACUUUAGUUGAUGAGAGUUUAAGGAAGUAAGGAGAUACCAUCAAUUUCAAUUGCGGUUUGAGAACUCAUAGUAUCAGAAUGGGUACUUAGGACUACCUUGAUCUUGAAAAACCAAAACUAAUUGGAGUGUUUACUGAAGAUGGAGAAGAAGAGGGUGAAGCAUAAUGA